AAUUUUAAGUGUGGUAUGAGCUGUUUAUGUCACUGAGUAAAAUUAGAUACGCCUGUUGCUAAUACGAGGGGAUGAAACAUGAGACAAGGCCAAACACGUGAGAGCCUUUUCUUCCAGGCACAGUCAGUGAAUUCUGAAGCCCCAAAUCCUUCACUCAUUCUGCAAGUAAGGGGAAAGUUUGAAACAUUGUCUCUUGUAGAGCCCGAGGACUGUAGUACUUCCCCAGUGGGCUUUUUAAUACAUCUAAGAUGGUCCGUGAACAGUACACUACAACCACAGAAGGCACCCACAUACAGAGGCCAGAGAACCAGUGUGUCUACAAAAUUGGCAUUUAUGGCUGGAGAAAGCGUUGUCUCUACUUAUUUGUUCUUCUUUUACUCAUCAUCCUCCUCGUGAAUUUUGCUCUUACAAUUUGGAUUCUUAAAGUGAUGUGGUUUUCCCCAACAGGAAUGGGUCACUUGCGUGUUACAAAAGAUGGUCUUCGCCUAGAAGGAGAAUCAGAAUUUUUAUUCCCGUUGUAUGCCAAGGAAAUACACUCCAGAGUGGACUCAUCUCUUCUUCUGCAGUCAACUCAGAAUGUGACUGUCAAUGCACGCAACUCUGAAGGAGAGGUCACGGGCAGAUUAAAAGUGGGUCCCAAAAUGGUAGAAGUCCAGAGUCAACAGUUUCAGAUCAACUCCAAGGAUGGCAAGCCACUGUUUACUGUCGAUGAAAAGGAAGUUGUGGUUGGUACAGAUAAACUUCGAGUAACUGGGCCCGAGGGUGCUCUUUUUGAACAUUCAGUGGAGACCCCCCUCGUAAGAGCCGACCCAUUUCAGGACCUGAGAUUAGAAUCACCCACACGCAGUCUAAGCAUGGAUGCCCCAAAGGGUGUUCAUAUUAAAGCUCAUGCUGGGAAAAUUGAGGCUCUUUCUCAAAUGGAUAUCAUUUUUCAAAGUAGUGAUGGAAUGCUUGUGCUUGAUGCUGAAACUGUGUGUUUACCCAAGUUGGUUCAGGGGACUCAGGGUGCCGCCAGCAACUCACAAAGACUGUAUGAAAUCUGUGUGUGUCCGGAUGGGAAGCUUUACCUGUCUGUGGCUGGCGCAGGUACCACGUGCCAUGAAAACAGUCACAUCUGUCUCUAAAGCCCCUGAGUUGUCCACGGAGCACCUGCCUCAUUUCAGUGAGCUUUAUAGACGCUGACCUCAAGCCUUCACACCAAGCAACUUGACUUCCUGGUGGAUGGUGGAGGGAAAGUAGGAGGGCACGCUUUCAAAAGGAACUCAGAAAAAUGUACCAGUGAUGGUGUUCUGAUGAAAUACAUCAUCUCAGAGUGGUAUGUGCAUAUUAGACACAAAAGUCUGGCAA